CGUAUUGAGGAUAUAGAAAUGAUACGAACUUCAUCCUACCGAAGUCCCCUAAUUCCAAGAUCACAUUCUCAAUCAGUCCUUCCUUUGAUAUAUAUUUAUUGCUAGUUUCCAUUGAGUCCUCCGAAUGGUCAAUGUCUCCUACUCCAGGCACUCCAUACACACAUCUCCCCUCUCAGGCGGAUCUCUUCUAUCUUUGCACCACUUUCUCUCAAUCCGACGAUGCGCUGACCUUCGACGUGCCUCCACCAUCAAACCCUUCUCUACGGCUGGGGGUUCUCCUUCUCGGCAGCGACGACAUUCCGGCUUUGGACCUUGCAUGUAUAGACGUAUUAUCAACCCUCACGAAGAGACGACUCGAAGCACUAAGUGCACCGGGCCAUAUAUUGGAGCUAGGAAUUGAUUUGGACAUAUGUUUCUUGAGCGAAGAUGGUAGUGAAACGUUUACGUUGACCAACGGAAUCCAGGUUACUGCAACAGAAUCUCUAGACACCUGUCAGCAACUUGAUAUUCUCAUGGUCCCGAGCGUUAGUCCCUACUUCACACCCUCUUCCUCGACAGCCAUAUCUUUAGACUCUUGCAUUUCUGACCCUACGACGACGAUCAUGACCCUUUCCACCGGAAUAAUACCUCUACUUAACUCUUCCCCCACAUUCAUACACUCGCGAAUCGCCGCCACAUCUCCUUCCCGCCUCCUAUCUCUCCGCCAGCACUUCCCGGAAACCCAAUGGGAAGAGAGGCGGUGGGCCAACGAUGGGCGACUGUGGAGCUGCAGCGGCGGCAUGGCGGGGCCGCAAAUGGUGGCAGUGUGGAUGAGAGAGUACUUCUGGGAUCGAGCAGAUGCGGUGGAGUGGGUGUUGCAAGAGACGGGACUGCUAGGCGGAGGAAGAAGAUAGGUGGGUUGAACUGCCAGGUGGUAUGCGGUAACGAGGUUAUGAGCCUUUGUAUUUGUAUUUGUACUUUGUAUUAUAGUGUACUAUACCCCACUCUGGCACUUGGACGGGCCAUGAGGCGUGGAUGAGGGCUACGGCCCGGAUGGGUUUGGAAUUAGAAGGGAUGGGAAGGGAAUGUACUCAGCUGUAAAUAACGGCAUCACAUUACUCCGAUACAAGCUUGUGG